AUGGCAUUGGUGGCUAAUUUUCUCUAUUGUGGGUUUUUGGCGGGGAAAAAUGAAUCUUUCGCAACAAAUUCUCUUUUUGCUCUUUGGCUAAAGUACAAUAAAUUUACUGUUCAACAAAGCAACCAUUAUCCAAUGGGAAUAGCUGCUGUUGGAGUCUUAGCCACGUUUACUGCUGCACUAUACGUUGAUCGUACAGGUGGAAAGAGACAUUGGCAAAUUGGUAUACUGAUAAGCUUGAUAUUGCUUGUUGUCUCAAUCAUGACUUUGGCGGCGCCAUUAAAGAACAACGUCUUCUUUGUAGCUCAAUACUUAUCUGGUGCUUCAUACGCCGGGCAAGCAAUCUUCUUCGCCUGGGCAAAUACUGUGUGCCGGAAUGAUAUCGAGGAGAGAGCUAUAGUGCUAGCGUCCAUGAACAUGUUCUCAGGUGCGAUUAAUGCUUGGUGGUCGAUAGUGUUCUAUCCUGCCACAACCGUACCAAAGUUUAAAAGGGGUUGCUACGCAAUGAUUGGUACCACGAUUGCAACAGCCGUGGUUACAGCACUGAUUGUUUACUUGCAGAAAAGAGAAGCCAGGUCCCAUACAGUUGGUCCUGAUAAGUUCUUACAAGGUGGUACUGUGACAGUCAUAGAUGGAGAAGCCUUGGAAGAGAACUCACUCAAAGUCAGUGUAAAAAAAUCCGCUAGUGACAAGUUGCACUUUAUCGCAGAUUAG